CUUGUUUUGUGAAAAAAAAAGAAGCUAAGAUGGGAAUAGGAAUUGUUUGGCUAUGAAGAUAUGUUUUAAUGGCUGCAAAGCAAAAUAUACAGCUUUAUCAUUCGAAGCAAAGGUCACAAGAAGAUGAUUCUGAUGAUUAUCUGGUAGAUUUAGGAAGAUUUGAUUCCUGUACUUGCUGAGAUCUUAGGCGAUGAUUAAAUUUUAAGUAACAAAAUCUUAAUGGCAAUGUUAAUUGUUAUCUUCUUUGGUCAAUUUGAGUUUUCAGUCUCCAUUCUGUUUUAAGAUGUUGAAAGACCGGUUUCUACAUAAUCUGAAUCUUCUGAGCAGGAAAGACUUCAAGUUACAUAAGCAAUCUUUUUAACUAAAGAACUAAACAAGAAGGAUACAUACUUACAAUUGGCUUUUGUUUGCCAAAGGCAAAUGAGACGGGGAUAUGACUAUGUUGAUGGUGAUCAGUUUGCAACAGCAGUUGCAGCUUCUGCUUUUGCUAUACAUUCCCUUGAAGAAUACCAGAAAAAGCUAAGGAAGGGAUCUGAAAUCGCUUUGGGAAGUGUUAGGACCAGGAAAGAUGAGCGUUCUUUGCCAAUAGAAACAGCUUCCUCUGGGAGGCCAUUUGGCCAGGGUAAUAGGACUACAUCCUUUGCAAGGCCUGUACCUUUUGCGGAACAAAAGCAAAAGGGCAACUCAAAGAAAUACAGAAAUGCAGAAACCAAAGCAGAUGCUUGGGAGAAAGCUCAGAUGGCCAAAAUUAAGAAAAGGUAUGAAAGGAUGCAGUCUGAUAUUCUUGCUUGGGAGCAUGAAAAGAAAAUGCAAGAGAAACUUCAACUGGAAAAGAAAAAGAGUGAGCUGGAGCUCAGAAGGGAGAGAAACUUGCAACAUUACAGAAGCAAGCUGGCCAGGAUAGAUCAUAAUGCUGGAGGAGCCAGAAAACAGAUAGAAGAGAAAAGGAAGUAUGAGGAAUCUGUUGUGAAAGAGAAAGCAAGAAAAAUAAGAUCCACAGGAAAUGCUCCACUCAGAUGCUUCUGCUUCUAAUCACAAGGAACGAAAUUUGGACAGUGCCUAACGCUAAAUCCAAAAAUGCACAUAAAUUUCCAUCUUAUGUGGAAUUUGUACUGAUGAUUACAUACUUCCUGGUCUUUGAACUUUUAUGUAUAUUGGCUUUCAAAUGUUUGCAGUAUCUGCUUGAACUUUAACUGCAAAUGAAGUUCUUCUUAGAAAGAUAUAAGAUGAGCCUAGAGACCCUAUCAGUAGAUA